CGCCAUUUUCUCGUUGUGAGAAUCGUAUCGUAUUCAUAUCGUAUAACGAAUUCAUGUUUGUUUGGGCUUGGUUUAACCAAGUUUUAUGUUAUUUACACACAUAACUCUACUGCUAGUUCGUCGAAUUGAUAAUUGAUCAAACAUUUUCAUUUGUAUCAAUUCAUCAACAUUCAUUUCGUGAUAGUACCAGCUAAUAGUUCCCGCUUGAGAUUCCCUCCCAGACUCCAGCAGACCAGUGUCAACAUAUUAAAUUAUCUGUGGGACAACUCUGCAAUAAGCCUACACUGUUGCUCAAUAUGGAAGAAAAAAGCUGGACAGUUGUCUUAUUUCUUGAUGACAAGACUGUAGAGGCCAUUCCAUCAAACUGGAUACAAGGGCAGUUGUGUUAUUGGCCAUCACUGGCUACAGAAAAAUUAUUACAAGCCAUAAGAAAAUGUGAGCCAGUGAACACUUGUUGGCCAUCUCAUAAUAUCAAAAUUUUCCGCAAUGCUACAUUUGAUGACUAUGCUAGAGCAAGGGCAAAGGCUAAAAUUGCUGAAGAGACAAGUGACUUGAAUAGUGAUUCAGAGCAAGUGAAAAGGAAGAGAGUCCAAAAAAUACUCUCUAGCAGUGAGUCAGACUCAAGCUAUAGUAUCCUGCCAAGUCCACCAAAAAUUAAAAAAAAAAAUUGUAAAGAUGAUGCAAUGAUGAAGAAAUCAGUUCUCAAUAGAAACAAUGAUGAAGAUGAAAUACAAAUAGAUCCAUUUAUAGGGAUCGAGAACAGAAUCGAAAAACAAAAUGAUGCCCUAAUUGAAGUAUGGCCCAAUGUCAAUGAGAAGGAAAAUUUCAAUCCAGUGUGCAAGGCUUGUAUCGAAAGAGACAAAAGUUUCAAGACCAUUUUUGAACAAAUUCACAUAAUACGUGGAAUCUCAAUUGAUAUAUUAUCCGAAGUGAAGGAUUUGAAGAAAAAUACCAAUAGAAGUAAUAUUCUGGAGAACAAAUGCACGUUUUAUACAAUGCAUAGCAACAUCAAAUUCCCAUUAAAAACAGUUGAUGAAAUUGAUGUUUUGGAGGGCAUUUUGAAUGGGGAAGAUGAUUUUCAACUAUUGGUCCUCGAAUUUGCAAAAAUUGGUGGCACAAACUGUUAUAAUUUUGUGAAAAGGGUUCUAUCAACUAGUCUAACUAAUGAGAUGGCACUUCAAUAUAGUUGGUUGGGAAGAAAGGGAAAGCUGAAUUUUUCAAAACUUAAUAUCGCUAAAGUUAUAAUAAAUGCAGCAGAAAAAGCUGACAUAUCCCAGAACCGAACAGAUACUGAAGUAGCCAUUCAAACGUGGCUUAAGCGGGCUAGUGACAGGAGAAACAGUGCCAUAAAUAAGAAGAAUUGAAAUAAUUAUUAUAAGAUGAAUAAUUAUUAUCAUGAGUUUGAGAUUUAUGUUCUCUUUUUCUGAUUCAUACAUUUGAUUCACUUUUAUGAGUUUGAGAUUCUUGUUAUAUAUUUUGUUGAAUUACAUGUUUGGUUUACUCUUUUGAAAUUGAAAUAAUUAUAUAAAAUCAAUAACUAUUAUGAGUUUGAGAUUCAUGUCAUAUACAUUUGAAUUACAUGUUUGGUUCACUUUUUUUAAAUUGAGAUAAUUAUUAUAUAAGAUCAAUAUAUAUUAUGAGUGAGAUAUAUGUGAUAUUAUUCUGAAUUAUACAUGUUUUGUUUACUGAAUC